UCCUGUGAAGCCAUGGCCUCCAGUCUUCCUCUCCUCCUGCUGGUCUUGUGCAGUCUGAGUGUGGCUCAGUCCCAGCUGAGGGUGUUUAACCUGCGGGCCAGCGGUCUUCCCUCCGACCUGUUUGGAGUCACAGACGGCUACGUCAAGGUGUUCUGUAGCUCAGCCGCUAUGGGUAUGACAUCCAUCCGUCAUGACAACCCUAACCCCUGGUGGGAGGAGCAGUUCACCAACUCCAACGCCCAGGUGAACGACGUACUGAGGCUUGAGGUGUUUGACCAUGACUUCGUCUUCGAUGACCUGCUGGGAGUCUGCCAGUGUCAGAUCAAACCGGGAACCCAUGAUCACGACUGCUUCCUGAAGGAAGGUGGCUCCCUCCAUUACGCCUACACCCUUAGCUGAAUCAUUGAGCAUGUAUAGAUAUACGAGACCUUCAGUCUUUACACCCAACCUGCAUCUCUCGGACUGGCUCUGGGGAAUGUGUGUAACAGACUGUGGGUGCUCAGGUUCUCUGUUCCAAAUCUACGAUUCAUCAUUUCAUCAGAAUUAGACCAGAAAAAUACUCAAAGUCAAUUAACUCAAUCA